CGGCGUGAGAGCAGCAAUGGAUCAGGAGGAGGCGCAGGCGUGCACAGACCGCUGUUCGCAGUGUGAUGCUGUCUCCUGGGGCCUUACUGAUGAAGGCAAAUACUAUUGUACUUCCUGCCACAAUGUCACAGAUCGAUCUGAGGAAGUUGUAAGUACUGCAGUCAUUCCUAACACCAAGAUCAACUCCAUCAGCAGGGGGCUGAAAAAGAGAAGCAAGCACGAGAAAGGCUGGGACUGGUGUGUGUGUGAAGGUUUCCAGUGCAUCCUUUAUCACCAAGCACAAGCCCUGGAGGCCCUGGGAGUAGGCCCAGAGCUAAAGAAUGAAGUUUUACACAAUUUUUGGAAGCGCUACCUUCAGAAGAGCAAGCAGGCCUAUUGUAAGAACCCAGUUCGGCCAAGUAGAAGAAAAGCCAAGGUAUUGGAAGACAGUCUGCAGGGUUCAGACUGGGGCAGUGAUCUUGAGCUGCUAAGUGACACCACCUGUCCCUUUGAAAGUGGAACAGAACUCCAGUCUGACCCCCAGAUUCCAAAGUCUUUCCCUGCCACCAAAGGAUCACCAAAGUCAGCGUAUGUCUGCUCUGGAUCUGUGGAUGGAGUAGAGUAUUCAGAGUGGAAGGAGAAGGGGAUCGUGAAGAUGACUGUGCCCCGGACACUUGCUCUCUGCUACCUGUCCUUGCUCUGGCAGAGAGAAACAAUUACUCUUUCAGACCUUCUGAGGUUUGUCGAAGAGGACCGUAUUCCGUACGUCAAUGCCUUUCAACUUUUUCCAGAGGAGAUGAAAGUGUAUGGCCGUGACAAAGGCAUCUUUACUACAGAGUCUUGGCCUGACUAUGAAGACAUCUAUAAAAACAUGAUCGAAGUCGCCGUAUUUUUAGACUUGCCUCGUUUCCCGGACAUAAGCGAAGACUGCUACCUCCACCCCAACACCCUGUGUAUGAAAUACUUACUGGAGGUCAAUCUCCCUGAGGAAAUGCACAGUUUAACCUGCCAAGUGGUAAAGUUGACUGGAAUCGGAGAAGUGGAUUUUCUGACGUUUGAUCCUAUAGCUAAAAUGAAAAAGACAGUUAAAUAUGAUGUGCAGGCUGUAGCUGUCAUUGUGGUUGUAUUGAAACUGCUCUUUUUGCUGGAUGACAAAUUGGAAUGGUCUUACUCGGAUCUUGCUGAAGCAUAUAAUGAAGAACACAGAGAAGAAAAGCCACAGUUUGAUUUCAGAAAAUGGUAUGAAGUUAUGAAGAGAACUUUUGAUGAGAAAAGACGAAAAUGGGAAGAAUCAAGGGCCAAGUACUCUUGGAAAACCCGAAGGCCGCUCUACCUCUCCCACGUGGACAAGUCAGUCGCGUAUAAGAGACGAGAAAUGGUGGAAAAUCUUCAAAAGCAAUUUAGUGCCCUUAUUGGUUCAACACCCAUGGUUGAAAAGAAGGGCCCUUCGAGUUUUCAGUUCAACUGGACCGAAGAAGACACCGAUAGCCCUUGUUUCCAUGGACAUAGCCUCCAGGGACUCCUGAUAACAAAAGGCCAGUCCUUGAUAACCAAGAACUCACUGUAUUGGCUCAGUACCCAGAAGUUCUGCAAAAGCUAUUGUAAACAUGUGACAACCUAUGAAGAAUCAAAUUUUUCUCUGAGUUAUCAGUUUAUAUUAAACAGUUUCUCCUUCUUACUGAGGAUAAAGACCUCUACUCUCCAUGAAGAAGUGAGCUUACUUGAAAAGAAACUUUUUGAAAAAAAAUACAGUGAAUCAAAAAAGAGCUCAGGAUCCAAGAAAGUAAGAAGACACUAAGAAGGCAAAGAGACUUCCCCUGAAGGUGCUCUAUAGCAUAACGGCAGGUCUUAGUGCCAUGCUCCAGGGAACUGUGUGAAGUACAUUAUUGUACGUGCAUACAUAUUGACAUGUGUCUUCAUGUGCAUUGUAAAACAGGUGAACUUUGAAUUAUUUUCAUAACUUCUUUCCUCAGAAAAUUAAAACUUGUAUUUAUUGGACUUUAAAGCUAAACUUUAUAUAACUUUAUAAACUUUAUGUAACUUUUUUAUACUUUCUCUUUCCAUUAUGAGAACUAGCCAUGUAAUUCAGACUUAGAACUCAAUGUGCAGCUCAGGCUAGCCUGGGACUGGCUAUGGUAGCGCAGGCUGGUCUCAAUGUAUCUCCAUCUUGAAUCUGGGAUUAUAAGCAUGCACCAGUAUAACUGGCUUUGAAUUUACUUCUUAGAUUAGAUUAUUCCCCACUCUUUAUAAAGUUAAUCCGCGCUAGAUCAAAGAGUUAAACAAUAUAUGCAUUCAAAUACACAUAUGUGUAGGUAUUUUGAGGAAACAGUAUGGGUGUGUCCGUGACCCUGGGAUGGGAAGACCUUCUAAGCACAUCUCAAACCCAGAAGCCAGAAGAGAAGGUGAGCAGCACCACCACAAUACACAGCAAACUGGCCAACAUAUCUUAGCAUGUUGUGGGCAGAGGAACAGUUUAUUAUGUAGCAAAGGUGCUUGCAAAGCAAUAGGUAAAAGACUAGGGAAAUCCAGAGACUUAGCCAAGGAGACAUGCAGUGCUGUUGCCACAGAUUGGACUGGAAGGUGCUUUAAAGAAGUGUCACACCUAGUGAGGAUAUUGGAAAGGUGUGUGUUCCUAUUCGGAGUUCAUUUUCUCAGUGAACAUGGAGAACUGCCAUGUUCUGGUCACGACCUAGGCACCAGAGGUACACAGCAUUGAACAACCUGUCUGCUUUAAGGGUCAUAUGAUCUAGUUGGGAGCUGAUAGUAAUUCAGUGUGUCUUAAGAGAAAUUAAAUCAAGCAGGAAAAAGUAGGGUAACAGUGAUAAGAAGAGAUGCUCUACAAAGCACGACUGAGGAAUACCUCCUAGGGAGGUGAUAUUUGAGCAGAGACCAACUUUCAAGAAGUACAGCAGAGGGAACAAGCUGUGUUACCUCAGGGAAUCAUUCAUGACAGAGAGACCAAGCAGAAAAGCAGAUUCAAGAAUAGCCAGCUACUGGCAGUGUCUGGAGUGGAGGGUGGGAGGAGAGUACAGUAGAUGGGACAGGAGAGGUGGGCACAUCACUCAAAGCCAUGGUAAUGAUUGGGCUUUUUAUUUCAAAUUUGUCACAGGAAGCUUUGGGGAGAGUGCCAGAGCCCACCGUCAGAGUCAAAACAGUUCCCAAGUGGGGAGUGAGGGUUGAAAGAAAAUGAAAAAUAACACAUUACACGCAAGAUCAGUUCGAGAGGGCUGCCAGGAGAAACUGUUGCACAUGGUUUAUUCCACAAUUCCUUUUUAUAGUCAGGGCAAAGCACCUCCAUACAAUGAAGGGGUUCAUCAAGAAGUCAAACUUGUUUACCUCAACCACUUGUCUGUGUGACCCUCACACAAACAAAAGGAAGAGGAUCUGGCAAAACACCCUGCCUAUCCCUGUCUUCAGGUGAAGGCCAGGGCGAAAACAUGUUUUUUUGCUGAGAGUGCUCCACAGGAAAGUAUAAGGAAAAGCCUGAGGAAAUGCUUUUUUAUGUUUGCUGAGUUUCAGGUUUUGUCUUAGAAAUCAGAAAUUAAUCUUGUCCUUUUUAAAGAAAUGCUUUUUUGGCAUCUCUGAGGUGAUCCCAUGGUCUCAUAUUACUAAGUUUAUUUAUUUUAUUUAUUUAUUUUUUUGAGACAAGGUUUCUCUGUAUAGCCUUGGCUGUCCUGGACUAGCUUUGUAGACCAGGCUGGCCUAGAACUCAGAGAGACCCACCUGCCUCUGCCUCCUGAGUGCAGAGGCACACAUAGGGCUUUGUUUUAGUCAGUUAAUGUAGUAGUUUACAGUGACUAAAUUUCAAGGGUUGAACCAACCUUGCAUUCCUAGGAUACCCCUUACCUGGCCCUGAUCCGCUAUCUAUUUUGUAUAUUAAGUUUGAUUUUUGGAAAAAAAAAUGGUUAUUUUUUUAAAUUUGUUUGAAACAUUUUGAUAUGUAGCCUAGGACUACCCUAGGCAAGCUGGGAUUAGAGACAUAUCUGAUAUGCUAAAAUUUUGUUAAUAAAUCUGUUCUCUG